AUGAAGAAAGACACACAGGAGGUUGCAGAAUUACUGUUAGAGGAUAGAUUGUAUAAAGCUAUAUGUGAUAACAACUGGGAAAUUGCAAAAGCAUUGUUAGAGGAAAAGCCAUAUGCCUUAACCUCAACAAUUACUGCUUCAAGGGAAACACCAUUUCAUGUGGCUGCUUUCUUUGGUCAUGCCAACAUAAUGAAAGAGUUGCUGAAACUGUUGGGGAAUCCAGAAUUCCUAGAAGCUCUUGAUGAGUCUGGCAGUACGCCACUCUUAACUGCCACCGCCACUGGAAGCAUUGAAGUUGCCAAAUGUCCAGUGGACAAGAAUUCCUACCUACUUUGCAUUCCGUACUACGCAAGAUCUGAACUUCCUGUUACGUUGGCUUUUGUCAGUGGUCAUCAUGAAAUGGGACGUUAUCUUUAUUCUCAAACUCCAUUGGAAUACCUCCAACCCCUACAUCUUGGUCAUCCUCUUGGUCCUACUCUUCUCCGUUGUUGUUUGCAAACGGAAUGUUUCGAUAUAGAUGCAAAUUCAACCCCAAGUUUCCAAAGUGCUUCUUUACCCAUCCAAAAUGAAGGUGAAGACAAAAGGGAAAGAAAACAGGGGAAACUAACAGGGCCAGGAAUCAAGAAAAUAAAAGAGAUGAAGUUACAGCAAGCACAAGCAAAUGAACUUCUUGAUUUAGUUUGUAGGAAUGCAAGCAAAGAUGAAGGGGGAAUUAUUGCAGAGGCGUUAUUUCUGGCAGCGAAGGAAGGAAAUGUUCAGCUUCUGGUUAAAAUAUCAAAUGCAAAGCCUGAAAUCCUUCUCACUGCGGACAACUUACGGCGAAGCAUUUUCUAUUAUGCCAUUGAGCACCGACGAGCUGGGGCUUUCAACCUUAUCCAUGAGCGUCGCUUCAAUAUUGUCUUUCCUUAUAGCAUAGAUAGAGAUGGAAAUACUUUGCUGCACGCGGCAGCUGCAAAGGCUUCUGACACCAUUCUUAACCGCAUCUAUGGACCGGCGUUACAAAUGCAAAGAGAGCUGCAAUGGUUCAAGGUUAGUUUUGAAAUUCUCAUGAGAGAUAGCUUAUUGGUCAUAUGA